ACUGAAGAAAAAUAAUUUAAUCAUUUGCCCAGAUCCUUGCCAUGGUACCCCCCGACACACCCUUCACUGGGGUGGCCGUGGCGGGCAGAGCUGAGCUGGAGCCCAGCAUGGAGCCCACCGUGGAGCCCCUCACGGAGCCCAGCACGGAGCCCACCGUGGAGCCCCUCACGGAGCCCAGCGCGGAGCCCACCGUGGAGCUCCUCAUGGAGCCCAGCACAGACCCCAGCGCGGAGCCCACCAUGGAGCUCCUCACAGAGCUCAGCACGGAGCCCAGCACGGAGCCCACCGUGGAGCUCCUCAUGGAGCCCACCAUGGAGCCCCUCACGGAGCCCAGCGCGGAGCCCACUGUGGAGCUCGAGCCCAGCACAGAGCCUUCUACAGAGCUCCUCACGGAGCCCAGCACGGAGCCCACCGUGGAGCUCCUCACGGAGCCCAGCACGGAGCCCACCGUGGAGCUCCUCAUGGAGCCCAGCGCAGAGCCCACCGUGGAGCCCCUCACGGAGACCCUCACAGAGCCCACCAUGGAGCUCCUCACAGAGCCCAGCACGGAGCCCACCGUGGAGCCCCUCAGGGAGCCCAGCACGGAGCCCACCAUGGAGCUCCUCACAGAGCCCAGCACAGAACCCACCACGGAGCCCCUCAGGGAGCCCAGCACGGAGCCCACCAUGGAGCUCCUCACAGAGCCCAGCACAGAACCCACCACGGAGCCCCUCACGGAGCCCAGCACGGAGCCCACCGUGGAGCUCCUCAUGGAGCCCAGCGCGGAGCCCAGCAUGGAGCCCACCAUGGAGCCCCUCACGGAGCCCAGCGCGGAGCCCACCAUGGAGCUCCUCACAGAGCCCCUCACGGAGCCCACCGCGGAGCCCCUCACAGAGCCCACCAUGGAGCCCAGCACGGAGCCCGCUGCGGCCGUCCCUACGGAGCCCAGCACGGAGCCCACCAUGGAGUUCCUCACAGAGCCCAGCACGGAGCCCACCACGGAGCCCCUCACAGAGCCCAGCACGGAGUCCACCAUGGAGUUCCGG